CUAUUUCUCUUGGUUCAUUUUCACAAUUUCAAAACUCAGAGAAACUUUAUACGAUUUUUGCCCUAAACUCACAGAAACUGCUCAAAGAUUUUCUCUCCGGCUAAAACAGCGGACAACGACUGCUUUCCUCCACCGUAAACGGUGGGUAAGCAAGAGUGAUUCACCGACUAAGCCCCAAAUUCUAGGGUUCUACAAAUUUACCGAAAAUUUACCGGAUUUUUUUAAAAAAGUUCGAGGAAUGGACCAACUAAAAAGAAAACAAAGUAAGGAAUCUGGAGAAGAACAAUCUGAAGGACAAAGUCCAGAAGAAACAAUUGCAGAAAAGUUGAAAGUGAUAAAAUGGAAGAAACUGAAAGAGAGAAAAAAGCGAAAGCAGAAAACUGAAGAUGAAGAAGAAUCAAGUGAAGAUGAGGAAGGAACAACUGGAGAUGAAGAAGAAUCUGAUGAAGAACAAGUCCGGCGUAACAAGACGAAGAAGGAUAAAAAGAAGAAAACUGGAAAGCAGAAAAGAAGAAAACCGGAAGGAACUGAAGAUGAAGAACAAUCUAAUGAAGAACAAGUCCGCAGUAAGAAGAAGAAUGAGAUUAAAAAGGAGAAAAGAAGAAAAAGGGAAGAAAAUGAAGAUGAAGAAGAAGUUCGUGCAAAGAAGAAGAAGAAAAUGGAUAAAAGGAAGACCAAAAAAGAGAGUACAAAGAAGAAGGAAGAAACUGACGAGGAAGAAGAUACAAAGGAUGAUGAAGAGGAAAAAGUCCCAGGGAAAAGGAAAAGAUAUGUAAAAGAGGGUUAUGUGCAGUAUCGCUGCACAAUGCUUGCUUUUCUGAAAACAAUUGCAGAAAACAAAAAUAACCUGACUGAAGGUACUUUAGAGCUGCUGCAGAAAACACCCUUUGCAACGCUGAUAGAUGCAUUCCAUGGAGGUUCAAUUAAAGAAAAGGAUGCAAAGAAAUCAGAUGAUUUAAUCACACUUCUGCUACAAGCAUACAACAGUGACACAGACCUUUUUGUGUUUGGGAACAGGAAAUUCAGAAUGUCAACAAGUGAUAUAUCUAUGAUUUUAGGAGUGCCGGCAUCCGGGUUAUCAGUACCAAAGACCAAAGAAGGGGCAUACAAAUCUGAGUUCGUGACUAAAUACUUUGACAAAAAGCAGAGGAUCAACAAGGCGGCUGCAGAGGAAGCUUUGAAGAAGGCAUUGGCAGAAACUCCAGAAACAGGGGAUGAAAAAACGAAACGGGACAGAAAUGUUGCCGUAUUAGUACUCUUGAACCUUUUCAUCAAACUCCUGUUCCCAAACUCUGGAGGAACAAUAUCUUGGGACUAUAUAAGAGUAUGUGAAGAGGUGGAAAGUCUGGGAAAAUAUAGCUGGGCAAAGGAAGUUGGCGACUUCCUUAAAAAAUCAAUUAAACGAAAGGCAAAAGAAUCCCAAAACAUGGCAGGCUGCGUGAUAUUGGUGAUGUAUUGGUUUUGCCACAAGACAGGAGUAGUGCCGCCAAUCUCUGGAAGAGAAACCGAAAAACACGGAAUAAGAAAGUGGCAAUUAAAGACCCUGAUAGAAAAAAAAGGGGAUUUCAACACCAUGGGAAAGUUGAAGAAAAUCUUUGAUAAAGUUAAAGAAGAUGCAGAGGAAGAAGAUUCUGAGUCUAAUACAGACACAGAAAGUAAAGAAAAAGAGAAUGAUGGGCAAGAAGAUAUUGUUGAAAAUAGAACCAGUGGAAACAUUAAGGAUGAGAAGAUGGAGACAGAGAUAGGGAAGACCAAUGAAGAGAAGAACGAAUUACAGAGAAAGCUGGAGGGAAAGGAAGAAGAGCUAAGUGCUUUGAAAAAAGAAGUUGAGGAGAAGGACAAGGAAAUUGGCAGAAUAAAAGAAGAGAAUGAGGAUGUGUUAUUGGAAAAUGAGGUGCUGAAAAUUGAGAAAGCCUCACUAAUUAACAGAGUGAAGCACUUGGAGGGCAUAGUGCUGGCACUAACUGAGAAGUUUGAGUCGCCAAUAGCACGUCCAGGUGAUGACAACGACUCAACUCCUCCUCCCCCACCACCUAGUUUCCCUCCGCCAAAACCAAAGGCCCCUCAGGACAAGCCAACUGACAGCAAGCACUCCAAAAACACAAAAUCUCAAGGUGGUAGUCAGGGAACUCAAUCACAACCUGCCUGCUCCACAGCAAGCGCAUCUGAGAUGGCAUCUGCAGCACCUCACUCAACCGACCAAGGACAUCAGUCACCACUUCAAUGCCUUGCCCAAGCAGCUGCACAGAUUGAUUCACCAACCUCUCCUGAGGUUAAAUUGAGAAUGACGGAAGAUGCUUGCACACCGAACACUGCUUGGGUUAAUGCAUUGUUUGUGUUUCCACCUCCGGGCGUGUUUCAAACUCCACCUCCAAGAAAAGUCAGUUUGGAAGAUAUGCAAGCAGAGCCAAACAAGUAUCAGAUCAUUAUAUCACCAGAGGUUCAGCCUGUUUUUGACGUCGAACCAGUCAAUUACAUUCCUCCUACAGAACAGAUGACAAGAGCUGAGUUCAUCAAGCCAAUUUUAGAGGAGAUAUCAGGGCAGGACUCAGAAUCUAUUGGCCUCUAUUGUUAUGUGGUUAGGACGAAGAGAAAGGAGAGAGUACAAAAAACACAUCAUAUUUUCUGGUGGGACGAGGUGAAAGAGCAAAGGCAGAGGGCGAAAAUGACCAGAAUCACAGCACAGGAAAAGAAAAAAGGACAGACAGCUGAACAGAAGCCACAGGAGGAAGUGAUACAUGAUUUGACGAUUAAUGUGGAUGACGAGGAACAAACAGAAAAAAACGAAAUUGAAGUGAUAGAUUGGCAAAAACGACAACUGUACAACCUACUUGACAGCCCAACUAAAAGCAAACUAGAGAAGUACUGGAACAAGGCAGAACAAAGCGUAUUAUUCUGGGAGGGAAAAGAGCCUGGAAGCGAAAUCACAAGGGCAGAUGUCAAAAUGCUCAUAAGCGAUCAAUCAAUAGCAAACAACUGGAUUGAUUGCUAUGGGGAAAUGUUGAAGGAUGAACUGCAAAACGAAAGUUCACAAAGUUUGGGAAGAUCUGCUUUUAUGCAUAGCAUGUGUUGGUAUUCGACAAUACAUUUAACUGUGAGAAACCUCCAUCAAUACUUGUGUGAGCCGCUGUUCCAAAACAUGGGAAAAUGCAGCAUGCUUUUCUUCCCAAUUACCCAUAAUGAAGAAUUUCACCACACGCUCUUGGUCUUUGACAAGGACAUACCGCAAUGGCUGCAUUUUGAUUCAAUGAAACCAAGAAGAGCAGGAACAGGGGAGUGCUUUAAAAGUAUAAAAAAAUUGGUUGAAAUGGUCGAGCUGUGGAUGAGAGCAGUGAAAGAUCAAGCAGAUGAUAUGUUGCAGCAAGGCUGCCGAAUGAAAUUUGACAAGAGUCAAAGCACUCACACAAAAUUAAAGAUGGUUGAAAGUAUUUUGAGCGAUGACGAAAUAAGAACAAUAAGCUGGAUAAAGGAAAAUUAUGAUGGUGGAAGGAUCCCUUUGAACCAUGCCAGAAUCUGCCCCCAACAAGACCAAGGAUCAUUAGAUUGCGGAGCUUUUGUAAUGUAUUACAUGGACAGAAUGGCAAAAGAGGAGAAGCUGCCAAACAAAGUCACCAAAGCUCAGAUGAUGAAGUUCAAAGCUCAAAUAUUCAAAAAAUUUGCAGAACAUAAGCAGAGCUGGAACUCAGCAAAUUAAGAAUUUUAGAAAUUUGUUUGUUUAGUUCAGAAUUUCAGAAAUUUGUUUGUUUAGUUCGGCAAAUAUACUUGUAUGGAUCUUUUUAUUCAAGUUUAAUGCAUCUUCUGAA